GGCAACGGUGCGGUGGUCGGGCCAGUGUUGCAUAUCAUGUUGCUUGCGAUUAUCAGAUGCGUCGAUUCGGUGUACCAUGGUACCUCGACGUUAUGCGCAUACUCAAAAUGACCGCGGACGCGGCGGCAGACCUGAAUACAAACGUGGAGCUAGGUUGAAGACGUCUAUUGAGAGUGAGGAUAAUCAUAAACUGAAAAGAAAUAACAAGAACGGUGGUAAAGUCGACGUAAGUACGAAAGCGGUCGCAGACGUCGACCUCAGACAAAGUGGGCAGAUGGAAGAAGUACGCAGGGGUGUAGGUCACUUGGGACAAGGAGGGAUGAACGAUAGUAUAGAAUUUCGUGGAGCGGAGGACGGUGUCUUUAACGAUACACUGAGUGCACGUACACAAGUGACAGAUAUCUCAACAUCACCAGUCCGUUCGCGAAUACAGGCCGCGGCUGAUCUGGGUAAUAUGCUUCUACGGUACAUAAAGAAAACUACGAAGCCUGCCGGACCUGAGGAUGCAAAGCCAGAAACCUUAGCUAUUGAGAAACCAUAUGAGGUAGGGCAGAUUGGGCACGAUCUUGGGCGCAGCAAAGAGCAGGUGAAUCCUGGAGUUGUUACACUGCAGAGCGUGAGCUUUUUCAAACUUAAGGGAUGGCAGCACAAUUCUCUAUAUCGUGAUCAUGCCGCAAGCGUGGAAAAAGUCACUUUGAAAAUACCUUCGGGUGAACACACGGAGAAGACGUUACCAUUACGGCUAGUAGAGAGCGAGCGAUUAUACUCUAAGCGAAGUGGUAAAGACUUUCACUCACAUACUGAUGAACCACUACAUUCGCAACCGAGUACUCGUCUUCUGAAAUUGGUAUCUGAUGGAAAUAAGAAGGGGAAUUUAAAUGCAGCAGUUAUGUACACUGAGCAAAUAUUGAGCGAGGGGUCACUGUUAAAGGAGGCAUUUGUGGACGACGUUAUUGAUGUUUGCAUACGUGCACGCAAACCGAUUUUGUGCGCGCGUGUGCUCGAGGAAAUGAGGGCGAGUGGUGAACCGGUGUUUAUACGGCACUUGCUGUCAACAGCAUCGAUCUUUGGCAACGAGGGUGAUAUAAGCGGUGUACGAAAUUUCAUAGCAAGUAGUCGUCAAGCAUAUCCGAAAUACUUCAAGCACAAAGACAAAUCCGCUAAGGAUAUAUAUCAUUAUCUGGCGGACCUACACGCGGCGGAGGGCAACUUGACGGCCGCUCGAACGUUGCUUGAAGGCAUGGGGUCUCCAAGUACAACGACGUACAAUACGCUUAUGAAAGCCUAUCUUGUUGCUGGACAACCGAGAAGGGCUUUGCGGGUUCUACAAACGAUGAGGAAUACGGGUGUGGUGCAGGAUAUACAGGCCUACAAUACGGGUAUACAGGCAUGUGUGGCGAUGGCGGAUGCUCCCACAGCAUGUUCAUUGUUUGACGAGCUCAAGGCCUCAGAAGGUCUCGAACCCGACGCGGUAACGUACAACGGUGUGCUGAAAGCAUUGCAAUCGUCCAAGGAUUCUGCUCAGAGUGAGGGCAUACUUCGUGAGAUGAAGGAACGAGGCAUCAAAGUUGAUUCAUUACAUCUUCAAGGUACUCAUACUAGGCUCAAUUCAAGGGAGACGGUGGUCCCUGGGGAGGCAUCACAGGUGGUUUCCAAGGAAACUGCGUUAUACAAUGGCAGUGAGAAUGCGAAUCAGACCGAUAGCUCUUUCACGCCACAAAUAGCGGACGGAGAGUUAAUCGAUGUCCAAAGUUUACAACACAAACCUCAGGACGUUCAGCUCAAUCCGCUCCGAAAGUCAAUGUUGGAGGAGUUCAAACUGCGAAGUGGCGCAGAUGCAGCACUGAAUGCCGAGCGAUUGCAAAAUAUGAGCACACUGUUAGAGAACGGUACUGUGGACGAUGCCAUAAAACACUUCGCAGAGGCACGCGAGACCGAUAUGUUUGCUGCGGUGUUGCAACUGGCUGCGAUUUCGGAGAGGCGGGUGAGUGCUCAAGACUACUUGACCGCGGCGCAGGCGUGUGAGAAGGCGGAUAAUCUGGCUAGCUUGGAGGAAUUAAUGGCACAAAUGCGCACCAAGCAUAAAGAUCUGUUCAAUGAUUACCGGGGUGGCGAUGCACUGCACUGUCUAAUUGCGAUGUACACCAAGCAGGGUCGUGUGGCCGAGGCCAGGCAGACCUUCAACAGUAUUGUGCAGCCUCGCCUGCACAGUUAUAGCGUGCUUAUGAAGGCGUAUAUCAUGGAAAAGCAGCCAGCAGAGGUCUCAAAUUUGUUGAGCGAGAUGAUGUUCAAGGGCGUUGCGGUCGACGAAUCGACAUACAACUCGUGCCUGGGUACUUGUGCUAGCGUGCGUGAAGGGGAAUCGGCGUUGAUGUUACUGGGGCAUAUGCAGGAAGUAGGUAUGAUCGAACCCACGAGUGCCACAUACGACGCCGUGAUGUCAGCUCUGAUUCGCGAUAAGGACGGCAAAAAUACGAUAUUGGUGGCUCAGGCCAUGCGUCGACGAGGCUAUACUCUGCAGACUGAUGCUAAGCACCGCUUUGUAGUGGCGUGUGUGCGGCAGAAAAGGUUUGCGGAAGCGGCCAAGUGCGCCGAAGAAUUAUUGAACGAACGUGUGCUACUGCCAAGCUUGGAUGUUUUGUCUGCGCUACGGGUGUUUGAAACGACUCGUAAGCCUCAGUUAGGGUUGAAGGUUUUGAUACAGGCUGAAAAGAUAGACAUGCUUGUAGUGAAAGCACACUACGCAUAUCUGGUCGAGAGUUAUGCGUCUCGUAGCGAUUUCCAUUCAAUGCGGAUAUUGGCGAGGUACAUAUCUGGCACGCCGGGAGGUUUUAAACCAAGUUCUACUUACAUGACCAAUAUGAUAACGUCACAUCUCGACAAAGCUGAUAUUUCUGAAGUGAAGAAGCUGCUGAAAGAAAUCAGUGGACCCCUUACGAUCCCAUAUAGCAGGUUUAUGCAAGCAUAUACGGAUGCGAAUCAACCGGAGAAUGUACUGGAACUCAUGCAGGCAAUGCACAGUAACGGUGUCGAGCGGGACUUUUUCCCUUACACUCUUGCCUUCAGUGCUUGUGCUAAGACUAAUAAUGGAGACCUUGCUUACGCGUUGUUUUUAGAGCUAAAUGCUCAGGAUGUGAUUGCCCCCACCCAGAAGAUGUAUGCAGAAGCUGUGAUGGCAUUGGAGGGUUCCAACGAUGGUGAGCGUGCCGAUCACGUUGUUGAUGAGAUCGCCAAGAUGAUCAAUACGCGUGGGUACCAUGAUAUUGUUGCGGUGCGAAACUUGCUAAACUCCACGAGUAGACAUUCCACGGCACUAUACAAUAAGUUUAUGCAUGCAUAUGCACGCGCAGACACCCCAGACAAUGUAAUGCGAAUUCUGGAAAUAAUGAGCCAAAAUCGCGUCGCGCGGGACCUUCAGUCGUAUCAACUCGUGCUGAGUGCUUGUAGGGAGCUUAAGUAUGGAAACGUUGCACACUCAAUCUUUCGCGAUCUGCAACGUACGGGUCUUACGAUAACCGAACGGAUGUAUGCAGACGCUGUCAUGGCCCUGAACUCUAGUCGUAGCGAUCGCGCUAUCAUCGUAUACUCAGAGAUGUUGAAGAGAGACUUCCGGUUGCCUAAAAAAGAGCAUCAAUUGUUGAAUAACACCAGCUUGAGGCCUAGGAACGAUUCGUUGAAGGUAUUUACUAGUAUGAAGAUUCUCCUGCAUCACGGUGUAUUGCUGAAGGAAGUACACGCGGAGGAGGCAACGAAGGUCUUCAUUAGUCACGGCAGACCUGACCUAUGUGAGCGUAUUGUACACGAGGCACGCGUGGAGAGCAACCUAACUGUGCCUAUGAUUGUGUACAACAACACAGCCAGUGCACUUGCUAAGGUCGGAGAUGUGCAUACUUUGCGUACCGUUGUAGCACAUCUUCUUAAGGAGUAUCCCGUCCAUCAAGCUGGCAGUACGGCGACGGACGCCGUGAAGGUACUGCUCGAGAUGUAUGCUCAGAGGGGAGAACUCAAGGAUGCCUGGGGGCUAAUAGCGUCCUCGAGUAUACCACAGACGGUCAUGUACAAUGUACUGAUUGAGACUCACACCACUGCGGCACACCCAGAGCGUGUCCUAGACGUACUACGUGAGAUGAAAGAGAAACGCGCACCAGCCGAUGUAACAACUUAUACUAAGAGUAUGCAUGCCUGGAGCAUGAUUGACGAUUCUCUAACGGCGGAAGCGAUGAUUAAUGAGAUUACAGCUCUGGCGUCGGUUAAUGACAUCAAGCCGAACCUGAAGACACACAACAAAAUAUUAGAGGCUUCGGCCAAAGUGGGUGAUCCAAAACAAUUCGUAAAGGUCUUGCAUCAGACGCACAGCGGUAUGACUGACAAAUCCGCGAAAGAAGUAUUGCAAGAUCUGAUCUCUACCAAGAUCAAGAGAGGGGAGUUGCGGGAUGCUUGGAAACUGGCGGCGAAUUCGGGGGCAUCACCGAAAACCGUGUACAACGCACUGUUAAAGAAUUAUAUCUCAUCGGCUCAGCCUGAGCGUGUAGUGGAUGUGCUGCGAGAGAUGAAACGGGAGAGGAUGUCACCAGACGUGCUCACGUACAAAACGAGCAUGCGUGCUUGGAGCAUGCUGGGCGACUUACCCACUGCAGAGGGGCUGUUGGAUGAGGUCAUGGCUUUGGCAUCUGUGAGUGCGAUCAAGCCAAACGCAGCUACACGCGACCAAAUAUUGGAGGUCCUCGCGAACAAGGGCGAUUCGAAACGAUUUGUAAAGGGACUUCUGCAAAUACUAGUCAACAAGAAGCAUGCCACCAAUCGCUACCGUACAAAAAGGCGCGAUGUUGUGGAACUACAUGGUGCAGGGGCAAGUGCACAGGGAAUGCACUCUGCACAGACCACAGAAGAGUACAAUGCAGCACUAUCCCAGGCGAUACAUGACGGCCAAGCCACAGAAGCAAACAGACUGCUGAUGAGUUUGCAACGGUCCAAGCUAGUACCAAACAUACGCACAUAUCAGCUUGUUUUGACAUGGAACGAAGGCGCUGACUGGUUAAUGAGCCGGAUUCAUAUGCCAGAGGGUGUCGAAGCUUUCGCGCAGAUAUUAGAGGCCUGUCAACAUGCAGGCUUGGAAAAGACCAUGUUCACCACUGAAUCCCGCACGCAAAUCGAGCUAUACACCCAAAUGCUGCAGGACAAAUAUGGAGGGAUGGUCGCUGAUGGUAACGAGAUGUACACGUCCGACCAAUACGCAGAUGCAAUGGCUGUGUACAUGCACAAUAAUAGUUGGGAGCUAGCCCUGGAUAUGUGGGAUCGCCUGUGUGAGAGCGGGGUACGAAAAGAGCCCAGAGUGUACCAACUGGCGACCCGUGCGUGUGGCCGGGGAAAGCUGGGUGCGGAGGCGUUGCGGUUGUACGCGGAUAUGCAGAAUGAAGACUUCAUGCAGAUACACGGGACUGGCGAAUAUCAUUUGCUAACCGCGAACAAUGUUAUCAAUGCAUGUGCAAAGGCGGGGAUGCACACUUCGGCGUUGGAUGUGUUCCGCAAGAUGGAGAGUAGAGGAGUGACGCCCAAUUACCUAUCGUAUCGAUUUGCAAUGAGUGCAUUCAAGAACUCUGGACAAUGGGAACAGGCCUUCGCUCUAUUCAAUGAGCUCAAGGAGACGCAGAAGGUCAAGGGAGGCUUGGAGUUUGGUGAGAUUAUAGAUGUGCUGGUGAGUGCUGGACAGUACGAGAAAGCACUAGACAUUUACAAGAAGAUGCACCGACAUAAGGUUAUCCCGGAUGGUUACACCAAAACUUUAAUCAUGAAUGCAUACGGCGCAAAUGGGCAGUGGCAGGAGGCGCUCCGUGAGUUUGAAGGAAAGAAGGACAUUGACGGGAAAGAUGUUGUGAACACUAGUCUAGUCGAUCGUUACCAAUCUGUACGGAGCAGUGACAGUCGAACCGACGCCACACACCUAUACAACAGUAUGUUGGGUGCAUUCGCCAGGAGCGGACGCUGGCGAGAAGCCGUACUUAUGUUUGGCGUGAUGGACCAAGAACAUGUGCAUUUGAACACCGCAACUUACGCGCACGUGAUAAGAGCGUUUUGCGAAGCUGGUCAGUGGGUAGAGGCCGAACAGGUUUUGAAAACCCUAGCACCCACCCAGUUAGAUAUCAACCACAAGCACGAUUACUAUGUGGAUGCAGGGGCCAAAGAACUUGUCAGUAUAUUGCAAGACUUGCUAAAGGGCGGUAGAUGGGAUGGGUGUGGGUCGCCUCACUUAUACGACUACCUGACGGGGGAGAUCUUCUGGCGCAGGGAUGACUACAUCGAGCUUCUCCACGCAUACAGAAAAGCGGGUAGGUGGCGACAAUGUGCCACCCAUGUGCGUGAUAUGCCCACUGCUGGCUUCGUACCCUGUGCAGUGUCCUAUAAUAUGGCCAUUGCCGCUUGCAAGGAGGCUGGCGCGAAAGCUCUUGACACGGCCUUUGAUCUGUUUCACGAUCUCCAAAAUCUGAAACCCACUUACGGCGUGCAGCCGAGUAUCGUUACGUAUAACACAAUGAUUGCGGCUUGUGCGGGGGCGGGGGAGUAUGCGCGUGCCGAGAGCGUGUUCAACGAUAUGAAUGGCAUGCAACGGACCGACUCUACAUAUAGCAGUAUAAUCACGGCUUGCAGGAAGGCGGGCAUGCCAGAGAAAGUACAGCAUUACCUGCAUAUGCUGGAGCACGACGACACUUAUCUCAAGCCUCAAGACAGCAGGGCUGCCUACACGAGUGCAAUAGCUGCUUACGCACACUCCGGUUUGCGCGCAGAAGCCUUGGCGGUGUUUGACCGUAUGACAACGAGAGGUGUGCCCAAGGACACGCUCACGUAUACGAAUCUGCUUAAAGCUUGUGUGGAGUCAGAGGAUAUGGAUACAGUUGAAAAAAUUCUGAGUGAAAUGCGAGAGGGUCUCGUCAGCAUGAACAAGGACACCUAUUUCUACACCUUGACUGGGUAUGGACGGACAGGACAGGUGGACUCGAUGGUGUCUACCUUGAGGCUUAUGCUAAGCAGCCACACACACGGGCAAAGCCACGCACAAGGUAGCAAAAACUAUAGUACUAUACGUGCCAGGAAGCGCGAAGAAGGGGCAAUAAUGGAGCGCGCAUUCUACAACGCACUCAGUUAUAUGCCCGUGGGAACUUCGGAGGAUAUUGCGUUGGGUCUGCGUGAUUAUUUGAGACUCAUUCCAUUUCUCAGAACCACUCGAAUCUACAGCAUGAUGAUGGUGCAUCUCAGUACACCAACGAACUGGAAGCACGCCCUACAAAUGUUCGACAAUAUGGAAGAAAAUGGUGUCGAGCGAAGCGCAGUGUCCUUUAUCAUGGCUACAUGUGCGUGCUUGGAAGGGGGCGAAUUACCACAAGCACAGCAAUUCUUGCACUUCGCACUCACACGUCAGCACAAGUCUAAAGAAGCCAUGGAUUUCGAAUACGUGAACUGGCGCAGGCUCUUGGGAACCAUGCACAAGCAUGGAGUCGAAGGCAUGCAAUCGCAACUGGAACUUAUAUACGAGCGUAUCAUGGAGAAGUCUGUCGAAAUCGGAGCGACUUGGAGGGCAAUAGACACAACAAAGGAACUCGAUCUGCACAACCAUUCCCGUGCUCUGGCCAAGGUGGCGGUUAGAAGACUGCUGAACCGCAUGGUGGACACACUGGGCACGACGGAGGGCAGAGCGCUGAGAAACAACUUCCGUGGGUUUAAUGUGGGGAUAGGCUCGCGUAGUGGCGAACAGGGGCCGGUAUUGAAUAAGUGUGUUACUGAUCUACUUGAGCAAGAACUGCAACCCCCGAUAAGAACACGAAAUAAUCGAGCAUAUCUGAUAGAAAUGAAUCAGGAUGAUCUGGAUAAAUGGCUGCUGGAAACACAUAUAGCAGCCCAGGCAGACAAAGAAAGUAGAGAAAACCAAAAGUAAAUAAUAUCUUGCCAA